AUGAUGCGCAUCAAGAUCCCCCAGUUGGCAUAUGAGGAGCAGAUGAGCAAACUCAAAUUUUCGCUGAUUGGCAGGCUAAACUUCAGGUAUUUGUCGAUGAAUGAUGUUAGGAGUUUUGUAAAAGACUCAUGGGUCCUCUUGGGGACGGUGGAGUUAAAAACCCUAGGUAAAGGGUUUAUUUUAUUCAUAUUUGAUUUGGAGUCUGAUAUGCUGAUGAUUUGGAGACGAGGGCCUAGCCGUAUUGGAGGGCAACUGCUUAGGUUUCAGCGUUGGAGUCCGGAUUUCAAAGUUGAUAAGCAACAGAUGUCUCAUCGGUUAAUCUGGAUCCGCUUUCCAGGACUACCGCAGGAGUACUGGCACGAUGAUAUACUUUUUUCCAUAGCUAAUGCGGUGGGACGGCCGGUAGCCAUUGAUAGAAAGACCAAAACCUUGUUCUAUGGUCACUGUGCUAGGGUUUGUGUGGAUGUGGAUGAAACACAGCCUAGGGUUUCAGAAGUUUUGAUGGAACGGGAGCAGCCUGGGAGUGCUGAGUUGUUUUUGUUUAAACAAUCGGUGGUGUUUGAGGAUCCACCUUCACGUUGUGGGGAUUGCAAGAAGUAUGGGCAUCGGUCGAAGAAUUGCCCUACUCACCAUUAA